AUGGCCGCAGAAGUUGGUCAUAUCGAGAUGACCAGACUUCUCAUCGAUACAGGGGCAAAUUUGGAUGCACUUGAUGAGAUACAGUGGCCUCCGCUGUUUGAGUGGCUAUUCGAAGCUUAUCUCCCGCAUGUCGAUAUCCUGCUGGAAAUUAAGAAUUUCUCUGCUGAAAAUCCACCAACAAAGAAGCCUCUGAUAUUGCUAGCUGCAGAAUUUCUAUGUGCUGAAAUAUUGCGGAUACUUAUCAAUGGAGGAGCAGAUGUAAACUUGGUUGACGAGGUUUAUCGAACGGCACUGGCAUGCUCCGUUGAAAUAAGAAACAACAGAGCCGUCGAAAUCUUGUUGGAAACCUCAAGGAUCUGCGUUGACUCUCGCAAUGCGGAGAACCGAACUCCUCUCAUGAUUGCAGCCAUUAUUGGUGAAGACACUAUCAUCAAGCAGUUACUCGAGUCAAAUGCAGAAGUCAAUGCGAAGAAUGAGCAUAAGUUGACACCACCUUUCUUGGCUGUUGCGAAUUCUCACGCACAAGCAGUAAAGUUCUUACUUGAUCACCCUGAAAUACGGGUCAACCAACAAGACGAGUAUGGCCGUACCCCGUUUUCAUAUGCUGCCGAGCGUCAAAUAAUUCAGAUAAUGAUCAACCUCAUCAAAAACGGAGCAGAUCCUCACGUGUGUGACGGAAACGGUCAUACGGACGAGAGCGGCCGAACUUGGCUCUCAUGGGCAUCUCAAUAUGGUGAUGUUGAAAUCGAGUCAUGUUUCUUAGAAGACAAUGGAGCGAUGGAAAAAGUCGACAUUGACAUCUGUGAUGGGACAGAAGUCAAAUUCUCCAAGACUCCGUUGAUAUGGGCACUGGAAGCUGAGAAUGAGGCCGUGAUUAAUCUCUUCAAAGAAGCUGACAACAAUUAUAUGCAUCUACUGGUGGAGGGACUGAGCUCAAUCGACCAAGAUAAGUGA